CAAAUAUUGAAGCCAAUCUUCGGCCGAGCCUAGUGAUGCAAUUGGCCCAUAAUGCUCAUAUGCAGCAGAUCAACAAAAUUGUAGCCAAUCUUCCGUCCGUCUUGGCUCCGCCGUUCGGUUUCCGUUAAUAUUUUACAAAAUCAUUUCAUUUUCUUUUUUAACUUCCAAAAAAUCGAAUUUUGUUGAAUCUUCUAAGCUCAAGCUAAUACCGAUUUCGAAAUGGAGGAAGGUCGUGACGACGAGUAUUGUAGUUUUUCUAAUUCCGGCGAUCGCGACGGUGGAUUGAGCGGUUGUUUUUUCUUGGAUCAUGUUGGCCAAGUUUUGCUUUCUCGAAAUCAUGAUGGUUUGUCCUGGAAAUGUUUGGAUUCUUCAGAUUGUGAGGGAACAACUUGUUUGGGAAUUAUAAUUUGCGAGAAUUCCGAAACUGAGAUCAAAUUCUCUGAUAUUUAUGCUGUGGAGUUUGUUAGCUAUGGCUUGGUGCAUAGUCCAAAGUUAGGACUUAGACAUGCCAAAGAAUGUUUCCGGGAACGCUUGUUAAAUACUCAAGAGAUGUAUCGGUUCACUGUCCACGGAUUUCAAAGUUCACCAAAAGAGCCUUGUCUUUGGAACCUUGCUGCAUUCACUUUUGGACAUAUGGAUUUGCAGACGUGCCAGAGUUGGAUGGAUCAAUUGAAUUACUCUUUGAUCAAGGAGGUAGAAAGACCAAGAAAUCUUUUGGUAUUUGUCCAUCCAAAAAGUGGUAAAGGAAAUGGCUCCAAGGUCUGGGAAACUGUUUCCAAGAUUUUCAUUCGCGCUAAAGUUAAUACAAAGGUGAUUGUAACAGAACGAGCAGGACAUGCAUUUGAUGUAAUGGCAUCUAUCCAAAACAAAGAGCUCCAUACAUAUGAUGGCAUCAUAGCUGUUGGUGGGGAUGGUUUCUUCAACGAAAUCCUUAAUGGGUAUCUCUUGUCGAGACUUAAAGUCCCUCUUCCACCUAGUCCUUCAGAUUCCUUCAAUUCUGUUCAAAGUAGAGGUAGCUCCUCAGUUCCAGAACCAGGAGAUGAAGUUCAUGAGACUGACCAAAAGGAACACUAUCCUCUUCUUCCUGAUUCAGUUCAAGAGGUCAUGAAUUUCAGGACAGUCAAUGGGUCAUGUGAAGGAAUUGAAGAUCCCGAUCAUCCCUUCAGUAGUGAAAGGCCUCGAUUCGGCCUCAUCCCGGCAGGUUCAACUGAUGCAAUAGUUAUGUGCACCACAGGAGCUCGUGAUCCUGUAACAUCAGCGCUGCAUAUCAUUCUAGGUAGAAAGCUCUUCCUUGAUGCAAUGCAGGUUGUGCGGUGGAAAACAGCAUCAACCUCGACGAUUGAACCUUAUAUUCGUUAUGCAGCCUCAUUCGCUGGAUACGGGUUUUAUGGUGAUGUCAUUUCAGAAAGUGAAAAAUAUCGGUGGAUGGGUCCCAAACGCUAUGACUAUGUUGGAACUAAGAUAUUCUUGAAGCACAGGUAUUUCCCUAGCAUAUUUACCAAUUUAAACUUCCAAAAGAAAACAUUAGUGGAAUUUCCUCCAAAUGAUCUACCUUGUUUUUUCGUCCAAGCAAAGCACUGUUUUUUUGAGUUGUUAAUUUAUAUGUUAAUGUAAGAUCAUACGAGGCAGAGGUAAUGUUUGAAGAAGCUGAAUCAGAGAAUUCUAAAGCUUCCCUACAUACGCGGAGUAAGACAUGGCCAUUUCGAAAUACCACAAGAUCAGAGAAAAUACUAUGUCGUGCAAAUUGCAAGAUUUGUAACAGUAAGGUUGGUUGGAACAGUGCAAGCACAACACUUAACCCCUGUCCAGAAAAAACAAGAUGGUGUAGAACGAAAGGACGGUUUUUGAGUAUAGGUGCUGCAGUGAUGUCAAACCGAAAUGAAAGAGCACCUGAUGGGCUUGUUGUGGAUGCACACCUCUCCGACGGUUUCCUUCAUCUCAUACUCAUAAAAGAUUGUUCUCGUCCCAAGUACUUAUGGCACCUAACCGAGCUUGCAAAAAGAGGUGGAGAACCUUUGAACUUCGAGUUUGUGGAAUAUCACAAGACGCGAGCUUUCACGUUUACAUCAUUUGGGGAAGAGAGUGUGUGGAAUUUGGACGGAGAGAUCUUUGAGGCUCACCAAUUAUCAGCCCAAGUAUUGCGUGGCCUUAUACCUCUGUUCGCAUCUGGUCCAGAGAUAUAACAACAUGCAUGUGAAUGUGGUUUUAUAUGAAGCUUUUGUGCAUAGUUAGUGACCCAAGUGAAAAAGCCAAAUGAGACUGGAAACUAGAAAAGUCUUAUAGUGAACAUGACAAUGUUGCCAAAAAAAGAACAUGGCAAACAUAUUAUAGUAUCCAAAAAUUCGAGAUGUAACCAUUGGAGAUUGGAGAUGAUAUUACUCUUUCUCAUUGUAAACAUCAUUAUGAUGUAAUUAAUAGUCUAUACCUUUUUCCCCAUAAAAAAAAAACGUUACCUUUCAGCGCUGAUAUGAAAAUGUAUCUUCAAUACAACCCAACGGUGUAAAGGGGCACU